ACCAAACAGUGUUUUUUUUUUUAUCAAACUUUGGAUGUCGCAAAAAGGUCUGUUUGUUUUGGAGUGGAAGAGACCUCUGCGGAUAAUUCAGCUUGCAGUAAAAACUUCCUGAACAUCUGGAUCAGAAAUAAGGGGAACACGAAAACAAUGGAACCACAGACGAAACGCCGGAAAGGCUCUGUAUGUGACACUGACUCCUGGGUUGCUUAUCCUGUACUGUCAGAUGAGCAGUCACAAGACGUCAAGCUGAUAGAGGCAUUCGCUGCACCCAUUGUCAACAAGAAAGAGACAUCUCGACUUAUCCGGGAGCUGAGCAGCCUCUACCCACUGAAUGGCCUCCAGCACAUCAAGAGGGUGCGGGCAGUGAAGGAGAAAGGCAGCCCUCAUCCUCUGGAAGUCCUCGUGUGCCUCGUCAGUGAGGCACCAGAUGUGAAGGUGGUCAGCAUUGACUCUCUGCUCCCCUCAGGUGGAGUCAGAUGUGACGGAUUAGGUGAGCCUUUUGUAGUAAAGGUCCCUGCACGUCCCCCCUUGACUCGACCUCAGUUUGAGCUUGCGAGCAAACACUGGCCCACCUCCUUUCAUGAGGACAAACAGGUGACUGUCGCCCUGCGAGGAGAGCUAUUCAGUCGGCCUCAGAAAGCCAGUAUGCAAAUGUACAUGAUGUCUGCUUUGACUGCUGCUACUGCAGGGAAUGAGUUAGGAAUGGAGGCAGUGGGGGCUGUGGUGGUCGACCCAGCAACGGAAAAAAUCAUUGCAGUAGGCCAUGACUGCAGAGGUGACCAUCCUCUUCAUCACGCAGUCAUGGUCUGCAUUGACCUCGUGGCUCGGAGCCAAGGGGGAGGAUGUUAUUCUUUUGACAGAUACUCUGCAUGCCGAUUUACUUCACCAAACUCAGACACUCUUCAAAGCAUUCCUGAUGCAGAGGUGGGCUCUCAACCAUACAUAUGCACUGGGUAUGACCUUUACGUGACCCGAGAACCUUGUGUUAUGUGUGCCAUGGCACUUGUACACUCCCGGAUAGGUCGUGUCUUCUAUGGGACUGCCUCUGCAGACGGGGCCUUAGGGACCAAAUAUAAAAUCCACUCACAGAAAGAUUUGAACCAUCACUUUGAGGUUUAUAAAGGAGUGUUGGAUAAGCAGUGUUACGAUCUCAACGGUCUGGAAAGCCACAUCAAAAGAGAGAGUUUACCGAAAAAAUAGUUAAAAAUGAUGUUUUAUGUGAGCAUUUUUUUAAAUAAAGUUUUUAAUCCAUUGGUCAUUGUAUCGAGAGCAUGUGUGUUGAUGAAAGCCAAUAAAGAGGUUCCCACCAUAGUGCUGACUUUCUCACAGCUGUUUGACAGUGACCUUUAAUUCACAGGCUUACUGGAAGAAUUUAAAAAAAAAAGUUUUGUAAGAGUUUUAGUUCAUAGGUUCAGAUGAGGGAGCAUUUUUUACAUAUAAAUAUAAAAUCUUUUGUAAAUAGCUUAAUGAACUGAACUGUUAUUCCUUUACAUUCAGUUUUUAGCUGCAUUAUCCCCCUUCUUUAAUAGCUGCUGCUUCUUUGUGUUGAAGUUUUCACAUUUACAGUUGUUACCACCUACCAGCUCAAACAAAAACUAAGCAUUGUUCUGUCACAUUAACCUGCAGGGGAUGUCAGUCACACCAGUAGAAAUACAGUUCAACUUGUGAUAAAACAGCAAAUGUUAACUUGCGAAGAUUCUGUUUUAAGUUUAAUGUAUCAAGGUUGGAGUCUUGGAAGAGCUGGUCCAGGAUGGCAGAUGGAGUGCCUCUGCUAUUAACUUUGUGUCCUUGUUCUUUAAAGGUGCAGUAUGCAAUCUGAAGAAAGAUAAGAUUUCUCAUACACCAUACAUUGUCUAGAGUUUCCCUUUCACACAUGUAGCUCACAAAAGCAGAUUGUCUCUGUGUCAGAUGCAUUCUCACCUCCUAGAAUUACUCCAUUCUGUUUAGGCAAGGGGUAGGGUAAAAUGUUAGAGCUACAUGGGUUUCCAAACAGAGUUUUUUCAAACACACUCAACUGUUAAAAAAUCAUCAGCAAGAUGGCCGCUUAAUUACAAAACAAAACCCAUAACUGUAUUUUCUUGAAGAUUUAAUAUUCCCAUAAACACUGUAUUAUAUUAGUUUAAUAUAAUUUCAAUGUAGGCUCUGGCUAUUGUGGUCCUUUUUUCAGCAAAAAAUUCAUGCAAAAAAUGCUAGUAGUAUGCUGAUGUCUCGGUAGCUAGCCAUCAUUACCUUGUUAUAGCUGAUUUGUGCAUGACACUUUUUUUAUUAUAUCACUAUGCCCUUGUAACUCUGUAAGGCAAAAAGGCAGAAAUGCAAAGGGGCACUCGCAACAGGGGUAAAAAUAAGGAAUGGAAUUGGGCCAAAGUGUUGGUAUUUGAUGACCUGGGAAUUAAUCUAAAAUCUUUCUCCAGAAUCUCAUACUGUACCUUCAAAGAUUAUGUGAAAUCUGACAUUAACCAGCAACUUACAAAGCAUGUCAAAUUUUUCAUUCUACAUUGUGUACAACUUAAGUUACAUGGCAUUGUUAUGCAUUUAUGUGAUUGUUUCAAAGCUUUGUGUUAGUCCUGUGCAAUUUAUUGUAAUACUCCAUCAUUACAUAUAUUUUACUGUAUGUCAAACUCCCAGGUCAGGCGGGUGUGAUGCCUUUUCUUAUAUUGCAAGGACUGUCAGUCUUACUUCUCAGGUCAAAAUUGGCUGUAAAAUAUGUUUUGUAUUCAACUUUAAAGAACACCAUGUGUAAAAUGACUUAAUAAUCUGAUAAAAUCC